AUGGGAGCAGGCUACACGACCCAGCACGGAGACCAGGCGCCCCCUAACAACCUGAACAGACCUGUACCCAGACCCACACUCCGCCCCCUGUGGGACCCCUCUGCCUCUGGAAGUCCGAGGUUUGCCCACUGCAGCUCCCGGCUGUGUCUGGCAAUGCCUCAGCCCAGUGUGAGUGGGAUGGAGACUCCCUUUGGGGACGACUUUCAGAACUACUCGUUUGUGGACCAGGCUCUGACCAGUACUGAUCUCCUGGCCACCAGCUCCGACCCGGACUUCAUGUAUGAGCUGGACAGAGACAUGAGCCACAGACAGAGCCCCUGUGGGGACAGUCUGUCUGCCUUUGACUGGGGGAAGGAGGCUGAGGGCCCUGUGGAUCAGCUCAUGGCUCUGGGCGAGAGCGAGAGCCAGAGCCAAGGCAGCGGAUCGGCCUUCGAGCAGUGGGACUCGUACUGGGAGGACCUCACCAGAUACACGCGGCUCACCAGCUCUGACAUCUGGGGAACCAAAGAGGUGGACUUCCUGGGGCUGGACGACUUCUCCAGUCCGUACCAGAACGAGGAGGUGAUCGGCCGCACGCCCACACUGGCACAGCUCAACAGUGAGGACUCUCAGCCCGUGUCCGAGAAUCUCUGCCACCCCACAGACCUGCCCCCUCUGCUGCCCCCACCCCCUGUGUUCCAGCUGCCCGCGCCCAAGAAGAGACCCCCAGUGUCCGGGCAGGGUCCUGGAGCGCCCCGCCUCACCCACAACCUCAUCCCAGAUAUCCCAGAGGGCCCUCAGAGACCCACGCGGCCUGUGGCCUCCUGCACUGAGACCAUGUCCAAGACCCAGGUGAAGCUGGACCCAGAUCCCAUCACCAAACAGAAGACCCCGGCCUACAACACUGACUUUGUGCGGAAGGCCAAAGUGCGCGUGAGCUCCGUGCCCAAAACAGAUGUGACUCCUCCCGAGCACGAUGAGAAGCCUGACCCGACUCUGGGCCGAGAGGAGAAGGCCUCCAUCUCCAUGGGACCCCCCAGUGUGAGUGUGUGCGGGGGUCCAGUCCUCUCUGCUACACCUCCAGAGGCCAGUGCCCCAGCAGAGGGGCCCGCCUCGGGACUGGUGGUCAGUGCAGCUGCAGCGGUGGAGAACAGCGAGAAGAGCAAAGAAGAAGAGCACAAUUACUCCCUGUUUCUGACGCGCAGCCGCCUGUCGCAGAGACUGAGCCCAGAGGACGAGGAGGAUGAUGAGGAGGCAGAGGAGGAGGAGGAGGAGGAGGAAGAGGAGCAUGAUGAUGAAGAUCACGAUGAAGAUCAUGACGAAGGGUUUGGCAGCGACCACGAGCUGCUUUCAGAUAACGAUGACGAAGAUGAUGAUGAUGAUUAUGAGGCCGACAAAGACGACGACAUGAGCGACGCCUUCUCCGAGCCCGGCUGCGACGUGGAGAUGGAGGACAUUAAAGGUCUGACAGCGGGGGUCCCGAGUCGGAAGAGGGGGAAACGCCGCUACUUCUGGGAGUACAGCGAGCAGCUCACCCCCACCAAACAGGAGCGCAUGUUGAAGCCCUCCGAGUGGGACAGACACACUCUGCCCAGCAACCUGUACCAGAAGAACGGCCCCCUGCACGGAAAGUACAUGUUGAAGAAAUCCCGUCGCACGGAUGUGGAAGACCUGACUCCGAACCCUCGUAAACUGCUGCAGAUCGGGACAGAGCUGCGAAAACUCAACAAAGUCAUCAGCGACUUGACCCCCGUGAGCGAGCUGCCCAUCAACGCACGUCCCCGCUCCCGCAAAGAGAAGAACAAGCUAGCCUCCAGAGCUUGUCGUUUGAAAAAGAAGGCCCAGUAUGAAGCUAACAAGGUGAAACUCUGGGGUCUAAGCACUGAAUAUGAUCGACUGCUGUUUGUGAUCAACUCCAUCAAAGAGGAGAUCGUGUCCCGCGUGGAAGACUCCGCCCCUCGUGCCACCAACAUGACUGAGUCUCUAGACAAACUUGUCCAGGACAUGCUCGUCUCCCCUCCUGUCGCCGGGCAGACUUCGGACUUCGUAAACAAGAUCCUGGAGAACACCGGGCGCGGCGACCCGACCGGAGGACUGGUGGGGCUGCGCGUGCCCACCUCCAAAAUGUAG